UGCAAGCUCCGGCAGUGUAGUGACGGACUGUGGCGUGCGCCUGUGAUGUCCCGGUGAACAGUUCAUAAACUGGGUGUUUUGUUCCGACCAUCACGUGCGCCCGAGACUUUGCAUUUUUCCCGAACCCCUCUCCCAAGGCUGAAGGCGGCGAUAUUUAGCGGGUGGCGGCUGCGAUUUUAAAAGAUAAAAUGAUACCUCGACCUGGGACUAUGAAGCUCGUACUCAGUAUUUUGCUAAUAGCAUCCUCCGUGGAUGCGGCGAAAAAGUUUGAGGGAACACUGAGAUCUGCAGCUGAAGCACCCGACCAGGACAAUGUGGCAGUAGAGUCCAAUUCCCCCGAGCCAGCCGUAGUAGCCGCGCCACAAGAAUACACCAACCCUGGUGCCCCACCUCCCGAGCCUAGUGAACCGGCAUCAGAAAAACCCGAAGAGGAUGAACUGGAGGAGCCAGCAUCAGCUCCCGAAACAGCUUCGGGUGGGAUCCCUCCGUCAGCACCCAGUGGCAUUUCGGCACCGUCUGCCCCUGCAAAUUCUCUUGAGGAAUGCGACUCCGAAAUGAUUGGUUUCGAACUUAUCACAGGGUACGUUUUCUCUGCACCAUCUCACAUUCUGGACGACAUUCCCGGAACUCUGAUGCUCACCGACUGCUUGGAGCAAUGUCAGGUCAACGAUACCUGUCGUGCCGUAAACUAUGAGACCGGCCUCUGUGUGCUGUUCAGCUCGGACGCUGAUCAACUGCCAGGUGCAUUGACAAAGUCCCAGUUCCCGGUGUUUACGAUUUACGCCCAGAAGUCAUGCUUGGGCGUGAAGCCUUGUGAGAGAGCUUGGUGCUUUGACCGCGUCCGUGGGUACCACCUUAAGGGACGAGGCAAGAGGUCACACACCGUUGGCUCCAGACAAAUGUGCCUCGACCUCUGCCUUGGUGAAAACGAGUUUGUCUGCAGAUCAGCGAACUACAACAACAAAACCGGCGAGUGCGUUCUUUCGAACAUGGAUCGUAUCACUCUGGCGGGCACUAAUUCAUUCCAGCCAAACGAAGAUACGGAUUAUCUGGAAAACAAUUGCGUCGAGGAGCCUACGAAGCUUUGCGAAUUCAAGAAGAUGGGAGGUCGCAUUUUGAAAACCGUAGACUCAGUUUAUCAAGACGUUGAAACUUUGGAAGAAUGUCGCGAGCACUGCAUGAACUCUCCAUUCCGAUGCCACUCAUACGAUCACGGGGAUACCGGUGAUCACGUCUGCCGCCUCUCGCAUCAUUCAAGAGCUACCCUUACCGACAUUGAGGAUCCUUACUUGGAGGUAGCUGAAGCAGCAACAUACGAAUUGUCCUCGUGUUACAACGUAUCUAUUGACUGUCGCGCCGGUGACAUGGUUGCACGAAUUCAGACCUCCAAAUUGUUCGACGGCAAAAUCUACGCAAAGGGAAGCCCUAACUCGUGCGUUGUGGAUGUCAAACAAAGCUUGGAAUUCGAAUUGCACAUGGGAUACAACAACAUUGAGUGCAACGUAAAACAAAACGGACUUGGCAGAUACUUGAACGACGUGGUCAUUCAGCAUCACGACACCAUUGUCACAUCCUCCGAUCUUGGUCUGGCUGUUACAUGUCAAUACGAUCUGACCAACAAAACGGUGGCUAAUGAAGUGGAUCUGGGCAUUCAUGGUGAUAUUCCAACUGGAAUCACCGAGGAGGUUGUUGUCGAUUCACCUAACGUAGCCAUGAGGAUUACGGACAGGAGUGGAGAUGAUACCAUUGCAUCUGCCGAAGUUGGAGACCCACUGGCCCUUCGUUUCGAGAUCAUGGACCCCAACUCGCCGUUCGAGAUCUUUGUACGAGAGCUUGUCGCUAUGGAUGGCGUUGAUUCAAGCGAAAUUACUCUUAUCGACAGCGACGGUUGUCCUACAGACCACUUUAUUAUGGGACCGUUAUACAAGUCUGCGAAUAGCGGAAAGAUUCUAUUGUCACACUUCGAUGCCUUCAAGUUCCCAUCGUCUGAAGUAGUUCAGUUCCGUGCAUUGGUAACACCGUGUAUGCCAACUUGCGAACCUGUUCAAUGCGACGGUAGCCCCAACGAUCUGCGAUCGGUCAUGUCCUACGGCCGCAGGAAGAGACGUUCGACGCCCGCCGCGCCCACCGACGAUAUGCUUCUAGUACAAACGAUCCAGAUCACCGACAAGUUUGGUUUCGAUAAGCAGCGAUCGAAGAACGUGACUGAGGACUCUGUAUUCAUCAAGGAAACGGACGUGACAUGCGUUAACGCAGCUGGAGCUAUGUUAGCGGCGGCGGCCUUCGUAGCAGCUCAACUAGUCGUGCUCGUAGCUUGGACUUGCAGCUGGCAAAGACGAAAAGCAGCAGCAAAGGCCGCGGAACUCCUGCCCGGUCCGACCGCACCCUCGGCCCUCUGCAAAGUAUACGAUGCUAGUUUUUCUCGCGCACAUCAGAGGCACUUUUGAGUACGUUCCGAGUGUACGAGAAGUGCGUCUGCAAUAGUAGUAUUUUAAAUUAGCAUAAAUAUCCCCGUCGAGUCCUAGCUCGGAAGCUUACGAGUAAGCUGGAUGAAUACGUUCGUCUCACGAGAGCGCAAGACAGCGACAGCGAUUUUAAUUUAAGUUUGAAAAGCGCGUUGACUCCUAAAACUCCUUCCGCAAUAUUGGAGUGAUUUACGUGCGAGACAUAGAGACGGGGACGACCUCAAGAGCGUGUGUGAGUGGUGACGAAUGCUAGUGAUGCUACGUGUGCGUGCAGACUGUGUGUAUGACGCGACUGGGUACGCUCACUUGUCCCCAUCUCUCGUGUCAGAGGCGGGACCAAGGCCGUUUGUCGUUAUCAAGAUCGUGUCGCUCAUUCGUUCACUUUACGUGCAAGUGAAAAUCUGAUGCCGUAUUGUACCAUAUUUUACAAGUAGAAUAAGCCUGAUAUAAUAGUGAUAAGAAAAAAUACAUUUCCGUACCUUUUAAGUAAAUAACAGAACGUGCGACCUAAGUCAAGAAUCGAUAUAUUGACGGCCAUCCCGGGAUCGUAAUUUAUUGAAUUUAGAAUAGUUCUUUUCUACUCUAUUUAUGUUCGUGUGCGAAUGUCUUUUGAUACAAAUCUUAAAUCUUAAUUUAACAAAAUAGGCGCUUAUGUUAAAAUAUGCUAUGACCUUGAUGUAAACUGAAAGUAUUAUAUACAAACUGCUAGUG